AUGAAAACGACCAAACUGGGCGCCGUACUCUCUGACCUUAGUCCAGGCACUUGGCUACAGUUCCGCCUGGUGGCUGUCUCUUCGGCGGGGCCGGGCGGCUGGGGUCCCCCCAGUCGACCUAUGCGUGUGCUGACUCCCCCACAACUGCCAUCCCCGCCGCGCAAUCUGACCGAAGGAACUUCUCGCAUUUACGACAACCGUGUAGAUGUAUCAGUUAACUGGGUGGCUCCUCUACACAGCAAUAUGCCCUUAAAGAAGUAUCAGGACGCCACUGGCCUAGUUAACAUUUGA